GACAAGAAAGAAGAUUCGGCCGACAAACGGGGAACCUGUUGUUCGUAGAAGACGGAGGCAUGUAGGUACGCCGCGAACGCGAAUGCCAUCAUGAACACCAAAACAAAUCUUCAACAUGCGUCGAAUUUGUACAAUGGAGAUACUGUAGGAAGAGACAGUCCAUCAGCAUUGCUGGAUAUGCUUGCUGAAGUUGCAUCUCAAACUCUACAUUCGGAAAAGAAGCGUAUUAAUUCAUUGCUAGCAUCAAAUGUAAAUCAUGAAUGUCAAUGCAAACCUAAAACAACUAGUAUGAAACGGAAAGAAUCACACUUCACUGUACCUCAACUUUUAUCUAUGCCUGUUUCUCAUCUUGUUAAACAAUUUACUAUUUUUACAAGUGAUGAGCUGAAAAGACUUUAUUCUUAUACUUGUGCAUUAGUGCCUGGAUGCCAACAGAAAUAUACUAGUUUCGCAAGCGAAGUAAAAGCAAGGACAUCCAUUAAGAAUCAUUUAGAAGAACAUUUGGAAUAUUUCAAAAGAGACAAAGAGGCCUAUGAUACAUUCACAGCAAGGGGUAUAAAUCAUAAGAAUUUAAAAACUAAUCUGCAGAAUAAGAAAAGUCGGAUACAACAGACAAAGAAACCCCAAGAAACAUUGAAUAAAGAAAACAAAGAUGUGAUAUUGGAGAAAUCAACAAAUUAUUUACGCAAGAUACUUCUACAUGAUAUUAAUAUUAAAGAGAUCGAAAAGCAGAAAUGUUUUCAGAAGCCAGAAAAUAAGGAGAUGCACAAUUCUGACUUAAAGAAUUCUGAGCAAAUGGAUUAUAAGGUUCUUGGGGAUCAUAGUUAUUUUGAACGUUUAGAUGAUAAAAUAUCCAGCAGAAAAGGGAUGUCAUCUCUUAAUAACGUUCUUGAAAAUACAGCAAGAGAAGAAAAUAUUGUAUUGAUGGUAGUUGGCACUGAUAGUGUGCAUAUGGAAGAAUAUUCUCAUGUUAAUCAGAAAUUAUCUGAAAAUGCAAAAUGUCAAGACGAAAGUCGAAUUAAAAAUAUAGAAGCAUCUACAACGACUAAGCCGAAAGGAAAAGCCAAAUUUAUUGGUACGAGCAAGGAAGAGAGGGAAAUGGCACUAGCGUAUAUGGAACGUAUUAAAAAGAAAGGCAAUCCUACAGGGAGCAAUCUUCAAUGUCGGAUUUGUGAUCCGCCUCGCACUUUCACAGCGCCUACGACUUUAGUGUCCCAUUAUCGUAGUCACGCUGGAAUAAAACCAUACGAAUGUCGAAUAUGCAGAGCUGUUUUCACGAGGAGGCAUAGCUUGAAGUACCAUAUGUUGAUUCAUCAGAAUCAAACACGCUUCACAUGCACAGAUUGCGGGAAAAAAUUCAGACAUCCAUCUCACUUCAAGGAACAUCAGCGUAGACACACCGGCGAAGCGCCUUUUGGAUGCGACGAUUGCGGGCAACGGUUUAAAACAAGAAACACUUACAAACGUCAUUUGAAAACGCGGCAUGGCAAAAUUCUUACGACUACCGGUGAACUCUUGCAUCUUCCUGAUGAAGACUUUCAAAAGAUUCGGACAAAUCGAAGAAGAAAGGACUGUGUCCCAGAAACCACAACGAACAUCAAUAAUGUGCCCAGCGCGAUCGUGAAUUUUAAUAAUCAGCACAAUGAAGCGCAAAUUGUAGAAGAAUAUGUCUUGAAAGAGAACAUUGACGACAUUAACCGGAAUUGGGGAACGAAAAGUACGAUACAGGUUGUUGACAAAUGUAUUGAAAAUUUUGAGAUUUGUACGGAAUCUCAAUUAAAUAAGACUGACGGUACAGAGACUGAAAUAGCUGUAGAUUGUAGGUAUUCUGAGAGACAUGAUAGCAAUAUUAAGAUGGAAUAUAUAAACGACGUACAAAAUGAUCUGCUACAACUGAAAAAUCCUUUUUACGAUUAUUUAGAAACUGCUAACAAUGAGGAAAAUCACGUCGCUUAUCAGCAUAAUUAUGAAGAUCGUGAUAAAGUUUACGAUUGCAAUGAAGUGAUACAAUCGUACACUGAAGCAAAUUGUAACAAUGAAGUUUCGGGAAGAGAAGAAGAUGAAAACAUAACGCAACAAGUAGUAGAAACAGAAUCCUCGAAAGAACAAGUUAGUUACCAUAACAUAAUAUAUGACAAUGACACGCAAGAAGAAUCUACAACGUAUAUACAUUUAAAAAUAGAUAAGGCUACAAAUGUCAACAAAAAUGAUCAGAUGGACAAUGAAAAUUUUAACACACGAGUUAUUAUCGCACAAAACGAAACUGUGAAUGAAAGGUCUGACAAAUAUGCCAAUUGUUUCAAUAUCGAGAAUAAAGAGUGUGUAAAAAAUGAAAUUUAUUUGCAACCUGCACAUAUCGCAAAUGCAAAUGUUAGUAUUUUACAAACAGUCAAUACAGUUGAAGAGAUUGCUCCGCAAAACCAAAAUAUGAUAUUGCAGCAAGAUGAACAUGUAAGCGAAUUUGAAUCUGUCGCGACCAAAACGUUAAACAUAGAAGAGUUAAAUGUUUCUUCGAAAAGUUUCGUUGCAGUAAAGGAAGAAACCAGAAAACGAGAAAAUAAUCAGUACUUAUAUCUUCAUGCUGGAACAUUGGACGAUAUCGUUGCACAAAAUAAAUGCAUAAACAUACCGUUGCAUCAAAUCAACUUGUAUCGCGAUCAGCACAAUCAAUUUAAAGGAAAGAUAGAUAACUGCAAGCAAAUUAAAGUUUUAAAUGGCGACAUACGAGCAAUCAAUAUAGAGCAAUCUGACAAACAAAAUGCGAUUUUGCUCGUAUCCAACGACAGUUUGCAAAACGGAAUUCUGCAAAUUGACAAAGGUAAUAUCACCGUCAAAGGUACAGACAGAUAGGGUGCAAGACACAAGUGUAAGUAACAAUAAUAAUUGUACAGCAUACUCAAAAAAGUUUGAAACGUUAGUUAACAUCUGGUCACAUUAUGGGAUAUAUUUUAUACUAACAUAGCAAUAUAUUGGCAGAGGUAUAAUUGACCGAUUAAAAUACUAUUAAGUACACACUAUAACAUUUAUAGUAAUACUAAAAGAAAAAAAUAAUGUCAAGAAAAUAAUACCACGUUCUCUCUUGUGUAAAUAUAAUAUUUAAAGAGGAAAGAAGUUAAGUUAGUUAUCUCAUUAUAUUUUUCCGUUACAAGAUUAAUUACAAGAUAUAACUAAAUUCAGGAAAAUUAAAUGAACUGUAAUAACAAUAUGUUCUUAUAUAACGUAUCACGUAUAAUGCUGUUCCUGUGAGUAGUGAAAACUGUUAUUGAAGGCAUUUAUUCAUUUUACUACAUACAAGAACUUAUUUUAACAACUUUUAAAAAUAUAUUAUUCCCAAUUAUUAUGCGAUGCGAUUAAACUUGUACAAAAUCAAUUAUUUGAAUUUAUUUGGCUUUCUGUUAGAAGUAUAUUUAACAAGGAAUUAUUUAGAAGUAUGUUUUAUAAUCUAUAAUUUCAUUCCUGGCAUGUCCAAAAAGCA